CAAGCAAGAUGUUUACUAUCAGAUUCUUAGAAUUGUGUAGGCAGAUAGAGAUCACUAUACAAUAUAUAUAAUGGCAGAGCGGAUGGUAAAUCUGACUCCGCCAACCACCAUGACGACCACCUCGCCACGGCCGUCAAAUCCUCAAGAACUCCCUACAACUACCGCCGCCGCCGCCGAGAAGAACAAGGGAAAGCUCACUCUAAUCCCACUCAUCUUCCUCAUCUACUUCGAGGUCGCCGGAGGACCCUACGGCGAGGAACCGGCGGUCCAAGCCGCCGGCCCACUUCUCGCCAUCCUCGGCUUCCUCAUCUUCCCAUUCAUCUGGAGCGUCCCGGAGGCCUUCAUCACCGCCGAGCUCUCCACCGCAUUCCCCGGCAACGGCGGCUUCGUGAUCUGGGCCCACCGGGCUUUCGGGCCCUUCAUAGGCUCGUUGAUGGGGACCUGGAAAUUCCUCAGCGGCGUCAUCAACAUCGCCACUUUCCCGGCCCUCUGCAUCGAUUAUCUCAAGAAAAUAUUCCCGGUCUUCUCCUCCGGCUUACCCAGAUACAUGGCCGUUCUGGUCUCCACAAUUUUCCUCUCGUUUCUCAACUACACCGGCCUGAGCAUCGUCGGCUGGACCGCCGUCGCCCUCGGCGUCGUCUCCCUCGCGCCCUUCGUUCUCAUGUCUCUCAUCGCCAUUCCCAAAAUCCACCCUCACAGGUGGGGGAGUUUAGGGCAGAAGGGGGUGAAGAAAGACUGGAACUUGUACUUCAACACCCUGUUUUGGAACCUGAAUUUCUGGGACAACGUGAGCACCAUGGCCGGAGAAGUGGAGAAUCCGCGGAAGAUCUUCCCACUAGCCCUGUUCGUGGCGGUGAUCUUCACGUGUGUGGGCUACAUAAUCCCGCUAUUCGCGGUGACCGGAGCGGUGUCGGUGGACCAGAGCGAGUGGGAAUCGGGGUUCAUGGCGGUGGCGGCGAAAAUGAUCGCCGGAAAAUGGCUACAGCUCUGGGUAGAAAUCGGCGCCGUCCUAUCCGCCAUCGGACUAUUCGAAGCCCAACUAAGCAGCUGCGCGUACCAAAUCCAAGGCCAAGCCGACCUGGCCUUCCUCCCCAAAUUCUUCGGCGCGAGGUCCAAGUGGUUCAACACGCCCUGGGUCGGAAUCCUGCUCUCAAUGCUCAUCUCCCUUGCCGUUUCUUACCUGGACUUCACCGACCUAAUCUCAUCCGCCAAUUUCCUCUACAGCCUGGGCAUGUUACUCGAAUUCGCGUCGUUUCUAUGGCUGAGAAGAAAGGCGCCGGCGCUUAAACGGCCGUAUAAGGUGCCGUUGAAGCUGCCGGGAUUGGUGGUCAUGUGCCUCAUCCCAUCCGCUUUCUUGAUCUACAUCAUGGCCAUAGCGACCAAGAUUGUGUUUCUGGUGAGUGGGUUGAUGACGGCGGGGGGGAUCGGGUGGCAUUUUCUGAUGAAGCUGUGCAAGGCCAAGGGAUGGCUCAAAUUUAGCAGUGGACAUGUUCAUGGCGACGAGACAGAUCAGGACAUUGAUGAUUAAUGUUCUCAGAUCUUUGAUAGUGAAAUUUAUAUUUAAUUUAGGCUUUACACAGACUGUGUAGUAAGUGCAGUCUGAAAAAUCUUGUAUUCAUCCUUGAAGACUUCUAAUUGUAAAGCUCCUUGUGGUCCAAAUUGUGUGAUUUGUAAAGUUGUCAUAGGUAUGCAAAAAUGUACCAUGAAAAACGCAGUAAUAAGUGCAUUUCUGAAUACUGUGUGGUGAUGUGUAUCUAAUGGUGCGUUUUGUUGUGUAUUAACAUACUAUUUGUGUAUUUUUAAUAUUAUUUGUGCGUUUUAACA